UUUCAUUACCUUCUGACUCUUCCUUCUCUCCCUUCCCCUCUCCUUCCCCAGGCUUCGUGCGUGGGAGUUUCAGGGUUUGGUUUGGGGGUUGUUUGAGGUUUUUUAUUUUUUUUAAUUUUUUUUUUUUAUUCACGAAUUCGGUGAUAUCAUCCUGCUGGAGGCUGCGGUGUGACAGAAAUGCUAAAUAGCCCUCUGGCUCGGAGAGGCUUCCUCAGCUAAACUCCGUAGUUGCCUUGCAAUCAGGUGGUAGUCUUUCAGAAAUAAUUACCUAAUUGAACCGGCGGUAGUUCUUCAGGGUAACAGGCUGAAACUUAAAAGCAUAAAGUGUAUAUUAAAAAGAAGUCAUAAACCUUUAAGAAUAGGCCAGGGUAACCAUGAACGAAGAUCUAAAAGAGUAAGUCUUUGCUUGAAAUGCUAGAAAAUGUAAGCUGUUGGCAUGCGACCCCUAUCUCUUUGCAAAGGAAGAGUAAUCUGUCAUAACUGGAUUUCGAUUUCAUUUUUUUGCAUCUUAGUAGUUAAUACCCUUCAACUUUUCAAUACUCUGCAAUAUUCUAGUGCAAUGUACCUCAUUUUUGGUGCAGUUAAUACCCAUCAACUUUCACAACUCUAAAACAUUUUAGGUGUCAAAGUACUUCGUUUUGAUGGCAUUUGAGAAAUAGGGAUAGUAGUUGUCAUCCACGGAGUUAUGUUAAACAGAUGGGACAGCCGAGCACUUCACACUUCUUACUGUUUCUAAGUGAGUCAUUUAAGGAGUGUGACUAAUCAUCCUACCAUACAGUUGUCAACAAGAGAGUAUAUUUUUUUUCAUUAACUACCCACAAAAUCAAAAAGAUUUCCAGAUUUUCUGUGCAUAACUGGAAAGUAAAGAACCUCCCUUUUGAACAACACUUUAAGUUUAGAUUGAGGGGGACUACAUGUGAUGGACUUCUUAUCUUAAGAAUAUCUGUCACGUUUUUUUUGUGCAGCAAUGUGCCUGGGAAGCAGGUUACUUAGAAUGGUCAUUGUUGGGCAAGCAGCCACAUUUUGCCUUAAGGCAUUUAUCUAAAUAGCAACCUCUGAAUUAAUUUUAUCAAUCCUCUUUCCCCCCCUACCCGCUGCAUCUGUGUCAAGUUUUAAGUCACCUGGGACCCAGGCACUUUAGUAUUCAGUGCAGUCUGGAUUGGGGAUUCUCAUGGUAAUGAUGGGUGUUGCCAAGGUGCUGGCAGGGGGUUGUGUGGGAACUGCAUUUGUGGUGAGGAAACCUGGGUAGUAAGAGGAGGAGCUGGAUGGGAAAUUUGUGUUUAGAAGUGUGAUAUGAGAAGUGACCUGAUUUGAACAUAGCCCUUGUGGGAAAUCGAAGUCAGCAGUUAUCUACAGUUUGUGAGGCUGAACCUAGAGGGCAACACAGAUUAAAAAAACAAAAUGGGAGUGGAAAUGUUUCGAAGGGAAGAUUUAAUUUCUUCUAAGUUGAAUGAGUUAGAGCUGUGAGAAAAGAUUGUAAAUGCAUCAAAGUAUAGUACUGGACGCAGGAGGAAGAUGAUUGAUUUGGAAGAAGUGUGUUUAGAAGUGCAGUUACCUGGGGCAGGGGCUGGUGGGGGGAAGUAACCUGAGGUGUGGAAAUAAUGAAAACCAAGGAUACAUCAGAAUGGAUCCCACAAAGAACGGAAGAAAGGUAUAUUAAAUGUAUGCCAGCUUCUGCUGUUGACAAAUACAUUUUCUGAUUCUUUUUGUAUCUGUUUGCAGCAUUGAUAAAGAUUUGCUCUUUUUUUGAUGUACUUCUAAUAGUUAGUUGGUGUGGUCUGUUUGUUGUCUCAUCACCUGAUCUGUGAAGACUAAUUAUUGAUCAAGAGUGUGCUUAGAAUGGUAUUCCCUGUGUUUUCCUCGUAAUCUAAUCUUGAAGUGACUUUUUGUGUGUGUGACAAAAAGCAAAUAAACAGAAAAGAAAGACAUUUACCCAGGGUGUAGUGUGGCUGGGGCUUUUUAGCCUGAUGACCUCUUUAGAGAAGUGAUCUCUUUUGUCAGGUGUCUGCCUCAGCAGGUGUUACAGGUGCCUUUUGUAAAACAGGAAGCUCAACUGAAAGGACACUUUAUAGUCUUUCAAACAGAGAGUGGAAGAACAGGUUUCCUUUAGAAAAUAGGAAAGUUGAGGAGUGGUCUGAGCUAAUCACCCCGGUUGAGUCCUAACCAGAGGGAGGUGGUAAUGACACAGAAAUCGAUGGAGAUGAUGCCUCUUUGACACUGGAAGGUUAUUCUUGCCUUCUAUCAGUGUGGUCCCACUGGUUCAGUAUUAGGACAGCUUGGCGUUACCAUUAUGGAUCGCUCCCGACACCGUGCAGGAAAUGGCAAUGAGCAGGCGCCUUCAGGAGAGCGCAGCCACCGCGAAGGGGAGAGACAGCGGCAGCUGGAGCGCCUCAGCAGGGAAGAGGCCUAUUACCAGUUCAUUAAUGAGCUCAACGAGGAGGACUACAGGUUAAUGAGGGACCGGAACCUGCUUGGCACUCCUGGAGAAAUAACAGCAGAAGAGUUGCAGCAACGUUUGGAGGGGGCUAAGGAGCGUCUGACAACACAGUCUGAUCUGCAUCACAGAGAAGGUGAAGGUAGAACUGUUGGAGAUUCUGAAGUUCUCGGGGAAAACUCCAACGGCGACUCUUUGCUUGAGUGGCUUAACACAUUUCGUCGCACAGGGAACGCCACUCGCAGUGGGCAGAGUGGGAACCAAACCUGGAGAGCUGUGAGUCGGACAAAUCCGAACAGUGGAGAGUUUCGCUUCAGUCUCGAAAUCAAUAUCAAUCACGAUCAUAACAGUUUGGGGACUUCUGGUGAGGAGUAUGUUGAUAUAGAUGCUACCAGACUGUACGUAGAAAGAAGACAUCAGCUAGUUGCCAGCUCAGCAGCCCCACGGACGAGGAGCAUGGCUGCAAGAGAGGCAAACAACGAAGCUGCAAGGACCAGGCUUUUAAGACGUGCCAUGGCAUUAAGGUCAGACAUAGUCUCUCACGCGGUCUCGGGGAGGCUGAGGAGUAGAACAAGGGAGCUGGCGGGCCAGACAAAUAAUACUGCGCGAAAUAAUUCUCUGGCUGCUGGUGAACCAAGAGAAAUGCCAGAAAGAGGUACUUCUGCAAGAGCCAGAAGGGGUAGAGCUAGAACUAAUGUCCGGAUGGAUACAAACCAAAGACUAGAAAUUUUGCGGCUGAGGUCUACCUUAAGCAGUCGAAGCCGCUCCCCUCUGCAAAGGCAAGGUGAUGCUGCUCGCUCUGAGGAACGUGAUCAGAGGCAGGAUAGAAAUGCACAGCAGGUCAACAGAAGUAGGAGACAAACAGCUCAGGCUUCUCCAGAGCCUACUGAAGAGCAAGCAAGAAAUAACACUCAGGCUCCCCAGCUUUCCAGUGUAGCCCCAUCCUUAGGAAUAACUUUGGAAGAGGAAGAAUCUAGUAGGCCAGUAGCUGCUGUCAGAAGACACCCAACCAUUACACUAGAUCUUCAGGUGAGAAGAAUUCGUCCUGGAGAAAACAGGGACCGGGACAGCAUUGCCAGUAGAACUCGUUCUAGAGUAGGAAUGUCAGAAAACACCGUUACCUUUGAAAGUGACAGUGGGGGAUUUCGGCGCACGAUAUCCCGAUCAGAGCGCGCGGGUAUUCGGACCUACAUUAGCACUAUACGGAUACCUCUUCGUCGGAUUUCAGAAACUGGGCUUGGGGAGCCUUCAUCAGUGGCUCUUCGAUCGAUCCUUAGACAGAUCAUGACAGGCUUUGGAGAGCUGAGUUCUUUAAUGGAAACUGAAUCUAAUUCUGAAGUGCAAAGAGGCGGUCAUCGCUUGGCAGAUGCACAGAAUAACUCAAGUUCAGCAAACAGCAGUGAUCCAAGUGGGGUUUUGUCUAGAAAUGGACGUGCAGUAGAUGGCAGCAGUGAAAGAAAUGGACGGAGGGGUGGUAAUCAACGCUCUGGGCGCAAUCAUGAGAACCAAGAUAGCAGGCAGUCUCAAGAUGCAAACAGCCUAGUGGAAAGCGGAACACUGCCCAUCCUUCGACUUGCCCACUUCUUCCUGCUGAAUGAAGACGAUGAUGACGAUGAUCGUUUAAGAGGUUUAACCAAAGAGCAGAUUGACAAUCUUUCUACACGGAACUAUGGGGAUGUUCACACUGAAAAUGAAUGGAGUAAAACGUGCAGUGUUUGCAUUAACGAAUACGCAACAGGGAAUAAACUAAGGCAGUUACCUUGUACGCAUGAGUUUCAUAUUCAUUGUAUUGAUCGCUGGCUUUCUGAAAACUCCACUUGCCCAAUUUGUCGGCAGCCAGUUCUGGGGUCUAAUGCCACAGGUAAUGGCUAGAAUUGUUCGUACUGCUCAGCACUCAAGGAUUUGCUCCUGCUCUGUUAUAAGCCAGAUGAAAUUCAUUGACUUAGUUAUGGGUCCGUUUGUGGGGGGAGUUUUGUUAAAUUUCUUUUAAAAUUAUAGAAACUUGUCUAAAUCUAACAAUGUAAAUACUAUUUUUUCCAAGUGCAAGUCUAGGAGCACACAUGGAACCAAAUGAUAUUGGUAAAGUUUAUAUUUUUUUAGGUAAUUUGUUAUGCUAAGCACUUUUGUAAAUACAGAAAUGCAAUAGUAAUCAGUCCUGCUUAAUGUAUGUUUUUUAACAUUGCAAUGGACUCGCUUUAUUUAGAUUACAAAUAUUUCACACAGACCCACCACUGUGUUGAAAAAUUAGUGGCUAAGUAGCCAUUUGUUAGCUUUUUGUUCUAAGAACAAUUUCUUUUACAGAGUCUCUUGCUGGACAUGUUUGCUAAAGAUAUUUAAGUUACUUGAAGUGCUCAUUUUAAUAGACUUUUUUUUAAACAUCGAAAUAUCCUUUCCAAAAACUUGCCAAUUUGGUUCUAUUUAAAAAAUUAUAUGGCAAUUUUUGCAUGUGGUUUACACAGUUCUUAACGUUGAUGAGUUCUUAUUCAGAAGUUGAUGACUUAGUGGCAUUAUGAAAUGUACAUAAUUAAAUGCUGUCUUUGACAAUCUUUGUCUUUUCAGUGCAGACAGCAAUCAAAUCUGGUAAUUCCAAGAGGGUGUGUCUUACUUGCUCAAAGAAUAAAUGAGCACUAAGGAAGCCUUUUUACUCUUCCAAAUUACUGAAUCAAUAUUCCUGGGAUUUUAACUGCCUUAGUUUAAAGAGGGGAAACAUUUCCUUGACCAAUAUAUUGUCUAUAAUAUGCAUGUUUUGGGCAUCCUACUCAGAAGAACAAAACAAAGACUUGAAGUGCUUUUGUACAGAAGUUUAAGGUACGCAUGUAGUGUUAGUCCUCUUGAAACACUCCUGAGGACCAAGUGGCAAAAGACACUAAAAAGGACAAAAUAAGGUUCCCUGAAAAUCCCCAGUAUCUGUAUAAUUAGACAUUAAACUUUAUACCAAUGACUUACACUGAAAUAAAGUUGCAAGUUAACUGA